AUGCUGAAGCAACUUUUCAACAAGCUUCCUCGGAAAUCUUCCAAAAUCGAUGAAGAUGAGUUGACCCGAGUUGGAGACUCUCCACGUACCGCUGGUAAAGGCCACAAUAGACAGCAAGGUGGCGCUGCUUCGUUGAAACGCGCUUCUUCAUCGGCAGUGUUUCCGGCUAGCAUGGUUUCUGGGAUUGAACCUUUGGUGCCGUUUAAGGAUGUUCCGAAUGCUGAAAAGAUGAACUUGUUUGUGAGUAAAUUGAGUCUUUGUUGUGUGACAUUUGAUUUCACUGACCCUGGUAAGAACAUUGCUGAUAAAGAUGUGAAAAGGAAAACUUUGGUUGAGCUUGUUGAUUUUGUGGCUUGUGGAUCAAUGAAGUUUAGUGAACCUGCUAUUCUUGCAAUGUGUAGAAUGUGUGCUAUUAAUUUGUUUAGGGUUUUUCCGCCUAAUUAUAGGGUUAAUGGAGUUGUUGCUAGUGGUGGUGAGAACGAUGAUGAUGACCCAAUGUUUGAUCCAGCUUGGCCACAUUUGCAACUUGUUUAUGAAUUGCUGCUUAAGUUUAUCUCUUCUUCGAGCCUCGAUGCUAAGGUAGCAAAGAGGUAUAUUGAUCAUUCGUUCAUUUCGAAAUUGCUUGAACUGUUUGAUUCCGAGGACCCAAGAGAAAGAGACUGUUUGAAGACAAUUCUGCAUAGGGUUUAUGGGAAGUUCAUGGUGCAUAGACCGUUUAUUCGGAAAACAAUUAACAAUAUAUUUUACCGAUUCGUGAUUGAGACCGAGAAACAUAACGGGAUUGCCGAGUUGUUGGAGAUUUUUGGCAGUGUGAUUUGUGGAUUUGCUUUACCCUUGAAAGAGGAACACAAAAUCUUCUUGUGGAGAGUUCUGAUCCCCUUGCACAAGCCGAAAUCUUUGGGGGUGUAUUUUCAGCAACUGUCCUUCUGUAUUACGCAGUUCUUAGAGAAGGAGCCGAAGUUAGCGAGCAUUGUUAUAAGUGGUCUGUUAAAAUAUUGGCCAGUAAUAAAUAGUCAGAAAGAAGUGAUGUUUCUCGGGGAAUUGGAAGAAAUUUUGGAAGGAAUCAACAUGGUAGAGUUCCAGAGGAUCAUGAUUCCACUGUUUUUGCGGAUUUCGUGCUGCAUUAACAGCCUACACUUUCAGGUAGCUGAAAGGACCCUUUUCCUAUGGAACAACGACCACAUUGUAAAUUUGAUUGCUCAUAACCGUCAAGUGAUCCUGCCGAUCAUCUUUCCAGCACUAGAUAGGAAUAUUAAAAGCCACUGGAAUCCAGCAGUUGUAAAUUUAACUCACAACAUUAGAAAGAUGUUCUUGGAGAUGGAUGAGAAGCUUUUCAUAUCUUGCCAUACUCAAUUUAUGGAAGAAGAAGCAAUUUUAAUCUCAGAAGCCGAAAAACGAAAGGAAGCAUGGAAACAGCUAGAGCAGGCAGCCAGUCUCAAGCCUGUAAUUGGAAAUACAGCUGUUUUAGUGUCUCCUUUGAUGACAUAA